UCCUGAGGGGAAUUGUGUGUCCCCUCACGUCCCCUGACCCUCAGCCCUGCGGCAGGUACUGUGAUUGGCCCCCAGCACCGCCUGGCUCCUCGGGCCUGUACGUGGGGGCUCUGAGGGGAGGCCGCUUAGAGGCGGGCAGUGUCCGGCAGCGAGCUGUGGAGGCAUCGGGCCACGCAUUAAUCCUGAUGUUACCUAUUUCACCGUUGAAUCAUUUUACGAGUAAGAAGAAGAUAAUGACACCAGAACAGAAUCCAGCAACUUCCCUCAUCAACAGGACCAUCAAGAUGAGGAAGGAGACUGAAGCCCGGAAAGUGGUCUUGGCCUGGGGACUCCUUAAUGUGUUUGUUGCUGGCAUGAUAUAUAUUGAAAUGACUGGAAAACUUAUAAGCUCGUAUUACAACAUCACAUACUGGCCACUCUGGUAUAUUGAACUUGCACUUGCAUCUCUGUUCAGCCUGAAUGCCUUAUUUGAUUUCUGGAGGUACUUCAAAUACACAGUGGCACCGACGAGCUUGGUCAUGAGUCCUGGGCAGCAGACCCUGCUGGGGUUGCAGAAUGCAGCGAUACAAACAACUCCACCACAUGAGCUGGCGGCAAAGAAAGUCCCAUCUUCGACACCUUCUCCUCCAAUCCAGGGUCAAAGCGUGCUGAGUUACAGCCCGUCCCGCUCCCCUAGUGCCAGUCCAAAGUUUACUACCAGUUGUAUCACAGGCUACAGCCCUCAGCUACAGGCUCUGUCAAGCAACAGCGCUUCUUACAGCAGUGCUGUAACCUAUUCACCAAGCAGCAGCUGCAGUAAGGUUUCCAGCUUCAGCCCCUCUCCUGGUGGAUCACCAUACCCCAUGAGUAUUGGACCAGUGGAAAGCGGUGGGCUAAGGUCUCGUUACCGCUCUUCACCCAUUCGGUAUAAUUCUCCUACUGGCAAAGAAGACUAUAUGAUAGACCUCAUGUCAUUGGACACCUUCCUUCGACGUGAAGAAGAGAAACAGCACAGAGUUCAACUGGGAAGCUCAGAUUCCAGCUCUCCUUCCAGCAGCCCAACUUUUUGGAACUACAGCCGUUCCAUGGCAGACUAUGCACAGAUGCUGAGAAAGUUCCAGUAUCAGCCGGCUUGCAGAUCCCAGGCUCCGUCAGCACACAAGGACGAAGCUGAUCUGAGCUCGAAACAGGCUGCGGAAGAGGUUUGGGCACGGGUGACGAUGAACCGACAGCUCCUUGAUCACAUGGAUUCCUGGACGGCUAAGUUCAGAAACUGGAUUAAUGAGACUAUUCUAGUGCCACUUGUCGAAGAGAUCGAGUCUGUGAGCACUCAGCUCAGAAGAAUGGGGUGUCCAGAACUGCAGAUUGGAGAAGCCAGCAUCAGCAGUCUGAAGCAGGCAGCGCUCGUUAAAGCUCCGCUCAUUCCAACCCUGAACGCUAUAAUGCAGUAUUUGGAUCUUACACCAAACCAGGAGUAUUUGGUCGAAAGGAUCAAAGAGCUUUCCCAGGGAGGAUGCAUGAGUUCCUUCCGAUGGAACAGAGGAGGAGAUUUCAAAGGCCGCAAGUGGGACACCGACUUGCCCACUGACUCCUCUAUCAUUAUGCACGUGUUCUGCACUUACCUCGACUCCAGGCUGCCGCCUCACCCCAAGUAUCCCGAUGGGAAAACCUUCACUUCCCAACACUUCGUUCAGACACCAGAUAAACCAGACAUUUCGAAUGAAAACGUGUUUUGCAUCUACCAGAGCAGCAUCAAUCCGCCUCACUACGAGCUGAUCUACCAGGGCCACGUCUACAACCUGCCCAAGGGCCGAAACAACAUGUUCCAUACCUUGCUUAUGUUUUUGUAUAUCAUAAAGACGAAAGAAUCUGGGAUGCUUGGGCGUGUAAAUCUGGGUUUAUCAGGAGUCAACAUUCUGUGGAUUUUUGGAGAAUAACACCUCCGGCGGGAAGGCAGUUGGAACAAUGCUCCUCUGGCGAGACAAACAGAGCAGCAUUGUUAAGUUGUUGACUUAAAGACGGACUUAACUACGGAAGGGGACAAUGAAAGCUCUGCUUUGUGGGCAGAGGGGAAGUGUUUGUGUGGGUUUUGUGACGAUACUAUUUAGCAGCAUUUCAACAAGUGAAAUGUUUUUAACACCAGGCAAAUUUUCUCUUUCCGGCUCCUCACCUGAACGAAUCCUGUUUUUUAAAAAGCCUUUUGCUGGUUCUCCUCCACGUAUCCGUCCACGUCUUCAACGCUUAACUGAGCUUCACUGAUCUCGGGACUAAAGUCCAGCUGCUCCGAGGGCUGGAAGGGCCCUCCCGAGGUUGCGCACGCCCGCGAGCGAGCUCACGUGAAAGGAUACGGCAAUUCGGCCAACUUCAGGAUCCAAGACAUUCCAGAUAGGCACGAGAAAAGCCAAGUCACAAAGUUUAGCCUCGUUUUGCUUCAUUUUAUUACAUCUGAGAAAAAAAACGUUGUGGUUUUUUUUUUUUUAAUUCCUGCUUAUGGGUGUCAUUGGGUUUUCAGACCCCACGAGAUGUGUUGGGGGUCUGCGCCGCAAGUGUGAAGGAAAAGAGAAAACUGUGUCUGACUUGCUGGUUUCAGUAAAUAUGGUUUUUAUUUUUAUUUUUAUUUCUAUUUUUUUUUAACAAAAUAAGCACACCACCCAGCUUCAGCAGUCUUGCGAGCUGUGAAAUGCUGGUUGCCUCCAGUACAACUGCAGCUUCUUAAUUUACUUCUGCUGCUCCCAUCAGCUUUUUUUGCUCGUAACCUUUUAUUUUGGGGGCGUUACGGAACUGGCACGUGGCUGCAGCGCCUCGGCGGGAGACCAGGCUCUAUGAACCCCCGGGCUUUUUUAAGUUCCCGCUUUUAGGGAUGUACCUUUUUUGGGGAAAAAACACUUGGAUUUGUUUCAAAGAAGGGGUUGUUCGAUAUUUGCCAAAAAACUUUGUAUAUAAGGGGCGGGGCGGGGAGAAUCUGUUGUAAAUUCUGACAAAUGAGGGUUUUAGACAUGUACGUAGUUACUGUAGUUAGGUUUUUUUUUCCAAAGGGGGGUAAAAAUCUGUAAACCCUGAGGUGCUAAAGAUCUUUGUGAGCAGAAGACGAGAGUGUCAGCGUCUUCCCCCUCGCUCUCAUCGUAAACUGCCAAAAAAACCCACGUGUACAUCUGAGACGUGAGAAUUACACCGUCUUGUUACCGGGGGUAGACAAUGCCACCUCUUUUCUUACGAUAAUCUAUUUUUGUACUGCAUUUUUUGCUGCGGGGAGGGAAAAGAGGAAUUUUCGCUGUGCUCGGGACAGGUGUCCUCACUUUUUAUCGCUUUAUGCUGGUUCUUGGUGUGAAGCGACUGUUACUGGUGACUGUCUCCCCAGGGAGGUGCAGGG